GCACGGCUCCGGCCAGGCCGCCUGGCGCACGGGCGGGCUGCGCGCGGGAUCGCGGCGGGCUGCGGGCGGGCGGGCAGCGCCCGGUUCACGGUGCGGCGGCUGCGGCGGGCGCGGCGGGCGCUGCCGAUGGGCCGGGCCCGGGCUGCCGGAGCGCCGGGAGCCGGCAGGCAUGCCCCGGACACUGAGCGCCUCCGACAUGGUCACCCCGGGCAGCCUCAGCCCACCUCCCACAGAAUCCACAGAAGGAGAGCAGGCUGGACAACCCCUCCUGGAUGGAGCGCCAUCUUCAGCUUCUCUGGACACUCUGAUUCAGCACCUAGUGCCCACAGCAGAUUACUACCCCGAGAAAGCUUACAUCUUCACCUUCCUGCUGAGCUCUCGUCUCUUCAUCGAACCCCGGGAGCUCCUGGCUCGGGUUUGCCACCUGUGCAUAGAGCAGCAACAGCUGGACAAGCCGGUGCUGGACAAGGCCCGAGUCCGGAAGUUCGGUGCCAAAUUGCUCCAAUUGUUGGCUGAGUGGACUGAAACCUUCCCACGGGAUUUCGAAGAGGAGUCCACCAUCGGGCACCUAACAGACGUGGUGGGCCGCAUUGCUCCUUGUGACGAGACCUAUGGGAACAGGAUGCAUCAGCUUCUACAGGCUCUGCAACAGAAACUGGCAUCACUUGGCCAGGGACCAGAAGGACUAGUAGGAGCAGACAAGCCCAUCUCGUACAGGACCAAGCCACCAGCCUCCAUCCACAGGGAGCUCCUAGGUGUCUGCAGCGACCCCUACACACUGGCCCAGCAACUGACCCAUGUGGAGCUGGAGCGACUAAGACACAUUGGACCUGAGGAGUUUGUCCAGGCUUUUGUGAACAAGGACUCCCUGUCAGACACAAAGCCCCGCUUCAGUGACAAGACUAACAACGUAGAGGCCUAUGUGAAGUGGUUCAACAGACUGUGCUAUCUCGUAGCAACGGAAAUCUGCAUGCCAGCCAAGAAGAAGCAGAGAGCGCAGGUGAUCGAGUUCUUCAUUGAUGUGGCCCGUGAGUGCUUCAACAUCGGCAACUUCAACUCCCUCAUGGCCAUUAUCUCCGGCAUGAACAUGAGCCCUGUCUCCAGGCUGAAGAAGACUUGGGCCAAAGUGAAAACAGCCAAGUUCUUCAUCCUAGAGCACCAGAUGGACCCAACGGGGAAUUUCUGCAACUAUAGGACAGCCCUGCGUGGGGCGGCUCACCGCUCACUGACUGCUCAUAGCAGCAGAGAGAAGAUUGUCAUCCCCUUCUUCAGCCUGCUAAUCAAGGACAUCUACUUUCUCAACGAGGGCUGCGCCAACCGCCUUCCCAAUGGGCAUGUCAACUUUGAGAAAUUUCUGGAACUGGCCAAACAGGUUGGAGAGUUCAUCACUUGGAAACAAGUGGAAUGUCCUUUUGAGCAAGAUCCGAGCAUCACCCAUUACCUGUACACUGCCCCCAUCUUCAGCGAAGACGGUCUGUAUUUGGCUUCCUAUGAGAGUGAGAGCCCAGAGAACCAGACAGAAAAGGAGAGGUGGAGAUCUCUAAGAUCUUCUAUUCUGGGGAAGACAUGAGGAGUCCUGAGACAAAGGAGAAGGAGGAAGUAAUGGAGCUGACACAGCCCAUCCCAACCCUGUCACAGAUGGCCCAACAGGUGGAAGUUGAUGCAAAGCCUCACAACUUUGCAAACCAGACCCUGUGGCCUGGCACCUGCCACAAUGGCCACAUUGGCACAGGAAACCUUUUAUGGUAUCUCAGCCCUGGCUGACCUGCAGGGCCCCCAAGAGCAUGGUUGACAUGCCUUGGGCAAACUUUGCCUUCACGACCGAGUGGGUCACAUACUCAAUCUGUCCAUUCUGGACAGGGACACAGCGCUACCUAAAAUGAGCUGGGUGACUGCAAUCAUGUGAUCUUGUUGAGUGGCAUGUGCUAUGGAGAAUAACACCGCCAUCUGUCACCAGGUGGCUUGGGAACCUCUGUAA